AUUUUCAUAGUCUCUUAGUUAAGGGACUCAUACACUUGUGUAAACCUCAUUAAUGCUACAAAACUGUCAGUGUCUUCAACCUUAAUAAAUCAGAACAGAUGAACCGGAAUAACAUUUACUCACAGGUGGCCAAAAAUAACUGAAAGCCACGCCUGCAGUCUUCUGAUUACGCUGUGUGUAAUAUCUCUAUAAACUACCAUCAACAACCCAACUACAUGACCCAAUGCCUGCAACCCAGUAGUAGGGUCAGGAUACAAACCCAGCAUUUAGAGUGUUUUGGGUGGCCUAUUAAUGCAGACUUUGUAAUUAAUUGUGCAUGUUUAUCUUACAUGCUGUUAGAAUAAAUGUUCUAGACGUGAAUGUUGUUACGAACCGGGUCGUAACAAGGAGAAAGACAACGCGGAGAUAAAGAAAUAACAAAAAUAUAUUUAUUAAAUAAAGAAACAUACACAAGUAACAAUGGUGUGUGUGUUCAGUGUAAGGGAGUGGAUGCUUGCAUAGAUGGUGAUAAUGAGGGGUGUUGAGGUACCAAAACACAUGAACACAAAGAAGCUCCAAAAUGCCACAAAAAACAGUGUCUACAUGGAGAGUGUCUCCUCAACGUAUGGGGGAAAGGUGUACCCGAGCCUGGGUGUGUCCCAUUUCGCUGACGACCCUUCCAGUACCGCUCACCGACAUCGUAUUAAGGAAAACAAGGGCAGAGGGAAAGAAUUCAGCAGACAGAGUCAGAGGGUCGUCACAAUGUGCACUUUUAAAUUGGGUGGACUGAGACUAAAAAACAUUGCCAUAGACUGAAGUAAAAUCAAAUGUAUUUAUACCAUCAGAGAUGUCCAAGUCAAUGCAGAGUCCCCCGGGUCUCAAACAGAAUAGGCCUGAGUCCACCUUGUUCACUGGGCAGCUAGACCAGCACUGACCAGUGAUAGACCAGCACGGACUAGCUUGACAUUUAUGCUGGUCUAUGCUUUUUUUUCAGCAGGGUAGCUAACAAGAACUUUUGACCCCAUCCUGUGACCUUUGGCAUGAUCGUCCAUCCUGUUUAUCUCCUAUCUGCCUGUGCACAGAGACAGACGACACUGGUCAAUACUGGUUAGAGGCAGGAUAGUCUUUCUGACAGCCGCUGUGGAGGCAGACAAACAACAGCGAGAACUCACACAUGCAACGUGAUGAAGAUAAAGGCAAAAUACCUGGAAGUCAAUUCAUAGGCUUCGAUGAGACUGGUGAAGACAGCAGACUUGGACCCCAGGCAGAACUACAUCCUUGGUUUCCAUCCCCAUGGGGUCCUGGUGGCUGGAGCCUUCAUUAACUUCUGCACGUACGCUACAGGCUUCAGGAAACUGUUCCCUGGCCUGGACAGCUUUCUGCUGAUGCUACCUCUCUGGUUCAGAGCCCCCUUCUUCAGAGACUACAUCAUGAUGGCAGGUCUGAUUCCUUCGGACAAGGAGAGUGCCAGCUAUCUGUUACGUCGACAGGGAGGUGGGAAUGCCGUUGUUAUAGCAGUAGGAGGAGCCCCCGAGGCCCUUGACGCACGCCCUGGCGCCUUCAUCAUUCAAUUAGCCAAUAAGAAGGGCUUCGUCAAACUGGCAAUGGAACAUGGUGCCCAUCUGGUGCCGGUCUUCUCCUUCGGGGAGAAUGAGUUGUUCGACCAGGUGGAGAACCCUCGAGGCACCUGGAUCCGCUUGAUUCAGGACAAGCUGCAGAGCAUCAUGGGUAUCUCUCUGCCCCUCUUCCACGCACGGGGAAUUUUCCAGUACAGCUAUGGUAUCAUGCCCUACAGGAAGCCCAUCAACACUGUGGUGGGACGGCCAAUCAGAGUGGAGAAGAAUGAGAAACCCACAGUGGAUGAGCUUGACGCCCUCCAUCAGCUCUACACAGAAGAACUCAGCCAGCUGUUUGAGGAGCACAAGGGCAAGUAUGGAGUGCCAGAGGACCAACACCUCAGCUUUGUCUGAGCAGGACUCACAACCAGGAGAGAGAGAGAGAGAGAUAAAGACAGAGAGAGCGAGAGGGACGGCGGGAGAGAAAGAUGAAGAAAGACAGAGAGAGCGAGAGAGAGAGACUGAAAGAGGGAGGGGGAGAGAAGGGAGGAGGGCAUCAAAACUGUAAUUGGAGUUGCACCACCAAGUCCUUUCACUUUCCUCAACCAGAAAAACCUUUACAGCUAUAACAACCUGAAGGAUCCAGACCAAACUAGAGGAGACAAGUGACACGAGGAAUUGAUAUGGACAUUCUUAGCCAAGAUAUUGAAAAAUCUUUCCCGCUAUUAAAAGCACUGUAUUAUGUAUGUCAACUAGAUUCAGCCGCGGGCCUAUUUUUUUCUUGAGUGGAGGGUUGGGGGGCCGGAACAUAAAUACAAAUAAUUUGGAGACUGCAAAUUGACCGCAAGAAGCCCAAACAGAUAUAAUGUUUGACGAAAACUUGCUUACAUUUGUAUAUGAUCACGUGUCUCUCUAUUAUGUGUGGGAAUACUUGGGAACAGAUUUCUAAAAUUAAAGUCACUUGGAGCUAAUCUCCUGGUGUUUUUACAGUCUUAUGUCCAACAAUGAAAAAAUUAAAACAAUUUUUUUGCUCAGAAAACUUGGGGGGCCAAAUAAAACCACCUAUGAGCCAAAUUCGGCCCUCGGGCCGCCAGUGGGGGAACCCUAUCCUAGAGCCACAUUUUUGCCUUAAUCCACAGAUGAAGUGACAUCUGUCUGGGCGAUUCGAGACUUGUAUAAGUCCGUAGAUCCUGUCAAAUAAAGUCAGAGGUUGAAUUUGUAUGGAGAUUUCAUGUAAUGGGGUGAUGCACUGUAUCCUCACUUAAAGUAUAUAAGGCCUCUAGGUCUCCUAUAUCAAAGACACACUAGGAAAAAUUGGGAAUAUUUCUCAUUUUACUCACUCUUUUUACAUAAUAAUACUAUAUCUGGUUAAUAAGUUUCCAUUUACAGUAUAUAUUUAAAAUCCCAACUUAUUAAUUUUAAAUGUCUCUGUCUUAAUGUCUCUGUCAUGUAUACAUUUUUCACAAUAUUGUAAUAUAAAAUCUGUUAAAAUAACUGAUACUAUUUUUCUCACUUGCAUUGUUUUUAUUAUAAUACCAGUUCAUUUAUUUUAAUAAAGGUGAUUUCAGGUCUCA